AUGCCUCGCGUCGAGCAAGACAAUCCAGCCCGGCCUAGAGGGAAGGGGGCCACGAAGAAUCAAGCAAGCGAUGCCGCUCCAAAAACCCAGAAGGCGGCCCAUGUCAGCCGAAAGAGACGCUUCAGGGCAGACAGUAAAGACAGAACAAUCAAACGGUGCCCCGAAGCUGCCGGGCUACUCAUUCGGAAGCGUCAGUUCUCGUACUUUGUCCGCGAAGUCAUCGAGAAAAGGUGGAAAGAUCUGCACGUCCAGCGCUCGGCUCUCGAAGCUCUUCAUGAGGCUGCUGAGGCUUUCAUUGUUGGCUAUUUUGAAGGUAUAAAAGUACAACUUGAUUGGUACUGUAUAUGGGAAACUAACUGGCGAGUAUAA